AUGGGCAAGGGAACGUUCACGAUCGACAAGUCCCUGGAGGCCAACAUGCAUCAGUACCAGAUCGUUGGCCGUGCCGCUCCCACCCCGAAGAACCCAACGCCGAAGAUUUACCGUAUGAGGAUUUUCGCUCGUAAUGUGGUACUGGCAAAGUCCCGCUUCUGGUACUUCAUGAAGAGGCUCAACAAGGCCAAGAAGAGUGGUGGCGAGCUGCUGUCUGUGAACGAGCUGCACGACACUUCCCCCACUAAGGUGAAGAACUAUGGCAUCUGGCUGCGCUAUGACAGCCGCACCAACACCCACAACAUGUACAAGGAGUUCCGCAAUGUGAACAUCAAUGGUGCCGUCGGACAGCUGUAUCAGGAGAUGGCCGGCCGACACCGGGCGGACCCUGGAUCCAUUCAGAUUAUCCAUGCAGCCGUCUCAGGUUCAUGCUCUGGCCGCACCGCGCUAACGCUUCACCAGCUGCGCGCAAAACCCGUCUCUUUCGUGGACACGGUUCAUGCAGGUGACGCAGGAGGGCCUUACCACCAGAGCCAAAAUGGCUACUGGGACGAGUAUGGGCAAUGGGUCGCCGAGGCAGAGAAGGAAGCCCAGGCUGACGCGGAGGCCGAGAACCUCAACACCCAGCGGGAACUGGCCCUGGCAGAUCCGGCAUCGGUGGUUGAGAUCGCAAGUCAGAAGGCUGGCAAAGCGAUCACGCGUGCAGAGAACAACUCAGCUGAUGCACAGGUGUUGCACAUGCGGCUGCACGCGCAGAAGGCAACCAACCUGGUUCGCUACUUCCGGGACGAGCUGCGAGAACUUAUGCGACGGCGUAGCACUGCCGGCCUCAAGCGGCAACUUGACAGCCUGGAUCAGUACUUGGACACCCUCAAGACCUGUGAACAUCACAAUUCUGGGCGGUGCAACAAAUUAAGCAAGAGGGCCUUGAGCGGCCUUGGCCAUGAUGCCAGUGCCGCUGCUCAUGCCGUUGAGCAGCUGAUUCAAACGAGUCGGAAUGCAAAGCGGCGUACUUUCCCAAUCUUGGACCUUCUACGCACGGGGAUUGGGCCGGCUCCAGACCAACUAGAUGCACUCGAUGCCCCGACUCCGCCGGACUAUGUUCCACCUCCGGGACCUGUCCCAGGAACUGCAGCGGGCUGCAAUUGCGCUCCGCAUUCGCAUUGUGCCGGGCGUGGUCGGGAAUUUCCUUGGUGCAAGGUAAACCGAACGGAGCCUUGCUCACUGCUCUCUGAGAGGUCCUUCGUGGACGCAUCUGGAGCGGACCAUCGAGUUGCUGGCUCGGGACAACCACCUGCAGUCUGGGACUAUUGUGGCCCCCCGAAGGAGAAUUCUGAGACAGUCCACGCCGGUGCUCAUUGCGAGAGAAGAGACGACAUCGUUGCGAGGUAUCAUGAUGAUCCAGACUUCUGGGACAAGGACGGGAAGUUCAACUGGAACAAAGUGCCUCGCAGGGAUCGCAUGACCGUUGAGGCCAUGGUGGUCCCCAAAGAGGGCCAGGGCCUCUGCGUGCGAACGCCCUCCAGCGGGGCGCACUACGUCUGCCCCACAGCACAGGAUGAUCUGGACGAGGCGAGGCCAGAAGGAACGGAGUGGGCGCGCACACGCACCUGGGACUUCUGCGUCCCUGCAGCACCUGAAGAGAAAAUCAAGGUCUUACAAGAGUUGGCUCAGGAGAAUCAGAUUGAAAGCCAAGCGAGCGGGGUGGAGAUGCAGGAGCAAGAGACCUUCCGUAAGCCCUUCGAAAAGGAUCCUGCAACCGAGACUCAGGAAGUGGCUUUGCAGCAAGACUACAGUCAGCAGCCUGCCUAUGACAACGGAUUCGGUGGACCGGCUUUUCAACAAGGGUUUGGCCUAUCUUUACAUUCCGCAGCGCUUCUGAGCGUGCUGCCUUGGGUCAGCCGACCAGAUCACAAGAACGAUUAUGCAACCUUCUUGUAG